AUGGCGAAGAUCGCUAAGACUCACGAAGAUAUUGAAGCACAGAUUCAAGAAAUUCAAGGCAAGAAGGCAGCUCUUGGUGAAGCUCAAGGAGUGGGCCUUGAUUCUACAGGUUAUUAUGACCAGGAAAUUUAUGGUGGAAGUGAUAGCAGAUUUGCUGGAUAUGUGACAUCAAUUGCUGCAACUGAACUUGAAGAUGAUGACGAUGACUACUCAUCAUCUACAAGUUUGCUUGGUCAGAAGAAGCCAGAAUAUCAUGCCCCUGUGGCAUUGCUUAAUGAUACACCACAGUCAACAGAACAGUAUGAUCCAUUUGCUGAGCACCGACCUCCAAAGAUUGCAGACCGCAAAGAUGAAUACAAAAAGCACAGGCGGACCAUGAUAAUUUCCCCAGAGUGUCUUGAUUCUUUUGCAGAUGGAGGGAAGACCCCUGAUCCUAAAAUGAAUGCUAGGACUUACAUGGAUGUAAUGCGAGAGCAGCAUUUGACUAAAGAAGAGAGAGAAAUUAGGCAACAGCUAGCAGAAAAAGCUAAAGCUGAAGAACUAAAAGUCGUCAAUGGAGCAGCAGCAUCCCAGCCUCCAUCAAAACAAAAACGGCGUUGGGAUCAAACAGCUGAUCAGACUCCUGGUGCCACUCCCAAAAAGCUAUCAAGUUGGGAUCAGGCAGAAACUCCAGGGCAUACCCCUUCCUUAAGAUGGGAUGAGACACCAGGUCAUGCAAAGGGAAGUGAGACUCCUGGAGCAACCCCAGGCUCAAAAAUAUGGGAUCCUACACCUAGCCAUACACCAGCAGGAGCUGCUAUUCCUGGUCGAGGCGAUACACCAGGUCAUGCGACACCAGGCCACGGAGGCACAACUUCUAGUGCCCGUAAAAACAGAUGGGAUGAGACCCCCAAAACAGAGAGAGAUACUCCUGGACAUGGUAGUGGAUGGGCAGAGACUCCUCGCACAGAUCGAGGUGGAGAUUCAAUUGGUGAAACACCAACUCCUGGAGCCAGUAAAAGAAAGUCACGUUGGGAUGAAACACCGGCUAGUUAGAUGGGUGGAAGCACUCCUGUUCUGACUCCUGGAAAAACACCAAUUGGCACACCAGCCAUGAACAUGGCUACCCCUACCCCAGGUCACAUAAUGAGUAUGACUCCUGAACAGCUUUAGGCUUGGCGGUGGAGAGAAAUUGAUGAGAGAAAUCGCCCACUUUCUGAUGAAGAAUUAGAUGCUAUGUUCCCAGAAGGAUAUAAGGUACUUCCCCCUCCUGCUGGUUAUGUUCCUAUUCGAACUCCAGCUCGAAAGCUAACAGCAAUUCCAACACCUUUGGGCGGUAUGACUGGUUUCCACAUGCAGACUGAAGAUAGAACUAUGAAAAGUGUUAAUGAUCAACCAUCUGGAAAUCUUCCAUUUUUAAAACCUGAUGAUAUUCAGUACUUUGAUAAACUAUUGGUUGAUGUUGAUGAAUCAACACUUAGUCCAGAAGAGCAAAAAGAGAGAAAAAUAAUGAAGUUGCUUUUAAAAAUUAAGAAUGGAACACCUCCGAUGAGAAAGGCUGCAUUGCGUCAAAUUACUGAUAAAGCUCGUGAAUUUGGAGCUGGUCCUUUGUUUAAUCAGAUUCUUCCUUUACUGAUGUCUCCUACACUUGAGGAUCAAGAACGUCAUUUACUUGUGAAAGUUAUUGAUAGAAUAUUAUACAAACUUGAUGACCUAGUUCGUCCAUAUGUACACAAGAUCCUUGUGGUCAUUGAACCACUGUUGAUUGAUGAAGAUUACUAUGCUAGAGUGGAAUGCCGAGAGAUUAUUUCUAAUUUGGCAAAGGCAGCUGGUCUGGCUACUAUGAUCUCUACCAUGAGACCUGAUAUAGAUAACAUGGAUGAGUAUGUCCGUAACACAACAGCUAGAGCUUUUGCUGUUGUAGCCUCUGCCCUGGGCAUUCCUUCUUUAUUGCCCUUCUUAAAAGCUGUAUGCAAAAGCAAGAAGUCCUGGCAAGCAAGACACACUGGUAUUAAGAUUGUACAGCAAAUAGCUAUUCUUAUCGGCUGUGCCAUCUUGCCACAUCUCAGAAGUUUAGUUGAAAUCAUUGAGCAUGGUCUUGUGGAUGAGCAGCAGGAAGUUCGGACCAUUAGUGCUUUGGCUAUUGCUGCCUUGGCUGAAGCAGCAACUCCUUAUGGUAUUGAAUCUUUUGAUUCUGUGUUAAAGCCUUUGUGGAAGGGUAUCCGCCAACACAGAGGAAAGGGCCUGGCCGCUUUCUUAAAGGCUAUUGGUUAUCUUAUUCCUCUCAUGGAUGCAGAGUACGCCAACUAUUAUACUAGAGAAGUGAUGUUAAUUCUUAUUCGAGAAUUCCAGUCUCCUGAUGAAGAAAUGAAGAAAAUUGUGUUGAAGGUGGUAAAUCAGUGUUGUGGAACAGAUGGUGUAGAAGCAAACUACAUUAAAACAGAGAUUCUUCCUCCUUUUUUUAAACAUUUUUGGCAACACAGAAUGACUUUGGAUAGAAGAAAUUAUCGACAGUUAGUUGAUACUACUGUGCAGUUGGCAAACAAAGUGGGAGCAGCAGAGAUUACAUCCAGAAUUGUGGAUGAUCUGAAAGAUGAAGCUGAACAGUACAGAAAGAUUGUGAUGGAGACUAUUGAGAAAAUUAUGGGCAAUUUAGGAGCAGCAGAUAUUGAUUGUAAACUUGAGGAACAACUGAUUGAUGGUAUUCUUUAUGCUUUCCAAGAACAGACUACAGAGGACUCAGUAAUGUUGAAUGGCUUUGGCACAGUGGUUAAUGCUCUUGGCAAACGAGUCAAACCAUACUUGCCUCAGAUCUGUGGUACAGUUUUGUGGCGCUUAAAUAACAAAUCAGCAAAAGUUAGGCAACAGGCAGCUGACUUGAUCUCCCGAACUGCUGUUGUCAUGAAGACUUGUCAGGAGGAAAAAUUGAUGGGGCACUUGGGUGUUGUUUUGUAUGAGUAUUUGGGUGAAGAGUACCCUGAAGUACUGGGCAGCAUUCUUGGGGCUCUGAAGGCCAUUGUAAAUGUGAUAGGUAUGGAUAAGAUGACCCCACCAAUUAAAGAUCUGUUGCCUAGACUCACUCCCAUCUUAAAGAACAGGCAUGAAAAAGUACAAGAAAAUUGUAUUGAUCUUGUUGGACAUAUUGCUGACAGGGGAGCUGAAUAUGUGUCUGCAAGAGAGUGGAUGAGGAUUUGCUUUGAGCUUUUAGAGCUCAUAAAAGCUCACAAAAAAGCUAUCUGUAGAGCCACAGUCAACACAUUUGGUUAUAUUGCAAAGGCCAUUGGCCCUCAUGAUGUAUUGGCUACACUUUUAAACAACCUCAAAGUUCAGGAAAGGCAGAACAGAGUUUGUACCACUGUAGCAAUAGCCAUUGUUGCCGAAACGUGUUCACCUUUCACAGUACUCCCUGCCUUAAUGAAUGAAUACAGAGUUCCUGAAUUGAAUGUUCAAAAUGGAGUGUUAAAAUGACUUUCCUUCUUGUUUGAAUAUAUUGGUGAAAUGGGAAAGGACUGCAUUUAUGCUGUAACACCAUUACUUGAAGAUGCUUUAAUGGAUAGGGACCUUGUACACAGACAGACAGCUAGUGCGGUGGUGCAGCACAUGUCACUUGGGGUUUAUGGAUUUGGUUGUGAAGAUUCACUGAAUCACUUGCUGAACUAUGUGUGGCCCAAUGUGUUUGAGACAUCUCCACAUGUGAUUCAGGCAGUUAUGGGAGCCCUAGAGGGCCUGAGAGUUGCAAUUGGACCAUGUAGAAUGUUGCAGUAUUGUUUACAGGGUCUGUUUCACCCAUCCAGGAAAGUCAGAGAUGUGUAUUGGAAAAUUUACGACUCUAUCUACAUUGGUUCACAGGAUGCUCUCAUAGCACAUUACUCGCGAAUCUACAAUGAUGAUAAGAAUACCUAUAUUCGUUAUGAACUUGACUAUAUCUUAUAAUUUGUUUUGUGUUUAAUGCACAGCUGUUUCACACCUUAAACUUGCUUCGAUUUGGUGAUGUAAACUUUUAAACAUUGCAGAUCAGUAUAGUACUGGUCAUAGAGGAAGAGCUAGAAAUCCAGUAGCAUGAUUUUUAAAAACCUGUCUUUGUUUUUGAUGUUAAACAGUAAAUGCCAGUAGUGACCAGGAAUACAGUGAUUACAAACACUAUAUUGGAGGGAUUUCAUUUUUAAUUCAUCUUUAUGAAGAUUUAGAAUUCAUUCCUUGUGUUUAAAGGGAAUGUUUAAUUGAGAAAUAAACCUUUGUGUACAAAAUGCUAA